AUGAAUUUGAAACGAGAGACCUUGUAUUUUGAGAGUGUGAACGCAUUUGACUUGUGGUUGAAAGAAACUGAGCGCAUUUCUAAAACCUGCUUUGUAAAGAAAAAAUCCGAUCCAAUUAAAACUAACAGCGAUACAGUUAUAAAAACAAGUCAUUUGCAUUGUAGUAGGUCUGGGGUUUUUAACUCAAAACCUUCUAAGGAAACUAGAAAAAGAGAACUAAAAAUUCAAGGUACGAGGAAAAUAAAUGGAUAUUGUCCUUGUGGCAUUAGGGUUACUUAUUUUAAUGACGGGAAGGUAACAGCGGUGUAUUGUCCCAGUAACGUAGGGCUCAAAACUGACUUGGCACACUUGAACUUAUCACUAGAAGAGAGAAAAAGAAUAGCUUCAAGUAUGGCGAGCAAAAUUCCAUUCGAUGUCAUACUUGACAAUGUGCGUUGUACCGUCAACAAACAAGAAUUGGACCGAGUCCAUCUUUUAACCAAACAAGAUUUAUACAAUAUUGAGUCAGAGUUUGGUUUAGAUGAGACUGUGCGACAUAAGAAUGAUGCUGUCAGUGUAGAUGCGUGGGUACAGGAGGAGAACAUGUCAGCCAAGAGUUGUGUCUUGUUGUAUAAACCACAAAAUGAAGUAGUUGAGCAGUACACAACUUUCAAAAAAGAGGAUUUUGCCCUGGGAAUCAUGACUCCCGCUGAAGAAGAAAUGUUAAGAAAAUUCGGCAGUGACUGUGUGUGCGUUGAUGGGACCCACGGACUUAAUAGUUAUGAUUUCGAGGUCGUCACUCUAAUGGUCAUUGAUGAUAUGCGACAAGGGUUCCCAUGUGCAUUUUUUAUUUGUAGUCGCAUCGACUCCGAAACAGUAGGCACAUUUUUCUCUUUCAUUAAAGAGAGAUUAGGCGACCAGCUGAAGCCAACGGUGUUCAUGUCUGAUAUGGCCGACUUAUUCUACAAUGGAUGGCUACCAGUCAUGGGCCCUGUAGAAAAAACGCCUUUACUGUACAAGGCACGUGGACAGGGCCUGGCAAACAAACCUGACUAA